CACCUCCACCUCCUCCCCGCUUCUUUUCCGUCUGCCGCGCUCAGGAUCUUUCUCUCUUUCUCUUUCCUUCUUCCUCUGUCUUUCUCUAUACCGCUAGUCUCUUUCUUUCUCUUUUGUUCUUUUGUCUGUUCUUUGCCACCGAGUUUUCUCGCUUUCUAUCUAUCACGUGUGUUCUCUUGUGUUUGUUUCAUCAUUAUCCAUCUGGUUACCUCUUUUCUCUCUCUUUUAUUUUCUACAUUUUUUCUGUCUUUUAUCUUUCAGUACUUCUGCGUAUGAAUCGCCGCAGAUCACACGUCGUGGAAAAGUUAUCGCGCGUCUAUCCGAAAUCCCUGAAUCCAUCCAUGAGAUAACUCUUGACGCGAUCCCGAUCACGGUCGUCCGAGAGCGAGCAUCGCGUACCGGUGUAAAUGACGACCGUCCGGGAAAGUGACGAAGUAGAUCGGUCUAGCACCGCGAGGCCGAGAAUUACUCACAGUCCAGUGUGAUAAUCCUAGCUGGAGUAGUGACAGUAGUCCAGAAGUAUCAAUAUUUUUCCCGCCAUGUAUACGUCAACGUAACUCUACGGGGUCUUCGACAUCGGUUGCUUGGCAAUGGCGACGCGUGUACGGAUGAGUUCGCAUGAGUGACAGAAAGAUCCUGAAACUCCGCGUCUCCGCUCAGAGAUUCGACAAGUGUGUUGUCGCUUCGCCUCGCGACCUUCUGGUUCCGCGUGAACGUAUCGCAGGGUGCACAAGUGUGCGAGAUCCGGAAUAGGAUGACGACAAUCGCGAUGACCGUGUCACUGACGACGGGCAGGUCGUCGGUGAUCACAAUGAGGUAGUGGUCAUCGGGACGCGUGCCGUUUGGGUGACCGCAAGUGUGUAACGUAAAAGAAGAAAGGCAGGAAGACUAUCCCAGGUGGUCGCAUUCCGGGGGAAGACAUAUUUGAAAAGUAUUCUCGGUGUUCUCGACAGCCUGAUUUUUGGGGACCAACCGAUCGCAGCCAAGGCGAAGAGAACUGGAGGCCGCACGGAUAAUCGAGUACCCCCGAAGGACGCAGAUGCCCCGAAGGAAACAGCACGCACCGCAACGCAUGAAAUGUAAGUAGUGGUCUCCGAACGUUUGAAAAGCGAGCGGCUCGGAGCCGCCGCAACGGACGGGAGAUAUGCGCAGCAAGCAGCAACCGAGGCCUUCUUUCCGAUGGCCGCAGCAGCGCGGUGAUAACCUUACCGGGGAGGACGGCGUCGAAGGCUCUGCGCCCGGUACAGACCUCCAAGGCGAGGAGGGAGAAGCCGUGGAAGAGGAUGGUCCCAUUAGCCCUAGCGAGAGAGGUAGCGCCUCCGCUGCAAAGGAGGACGAGGAUGCCGAGGGAACAGACGACGAAGAUGAAGAGGAGGCAUCGCCACCUACGCCACCACCUUCUGCCACCUCAAGGUUAAAUCCGACCAUCCUGAGAGACGCGGGGCCUCCGGACAGGGAGCCAAUGAGUCCGCGCUGUCCCUCGAGAGAUUCUCGGGAAUCGUCCGGUCCGGCGACCGGAAGUCCCCCACCACCUGCUACCAGGAGCAGCGCGAGUCCAGUCAGUCCAAGUAGUAUCGUGCCUCUACCCAUUGGAACUCAUCCCCUGUUACCGCCCCACUCUGCAGCGGUCAUGGCGGCGUAUUUGCAAACCCAUCAGCGUCUCCUUCUCGGCCACUCGCCUUUGUCACGCGGUUCGGUAUCGCCUCUGGUUUCUUCCUCGUGUUCGCCACCAGCUGCAACCCCUGGCCUUCUGGUAUCGCCCACCAGCAUCGGCGAGAUCUCGCCAUCAGCUACGCCGCUACCAGCUGUGCUAGACUUUAGCACGAGGAAAGCGUCCUUGACCGAGGAAGACGAGGAGGAGCAGAUACUAAAUCUCAGCAAACCACCUACGCCAUCUUCCUCGACGGAAACGAACAAUGGGCCACUUGAUCUUUCAGUCCCCAGCAAAAAACGACCUGCAUCAGGAGAUUCACCACCCCGAAAAAUAUCAAGAUUGACUUCUUCGACGGGUUCCCCGAGCCACCAAGAGACAGCACCGGGAGUCACUCCAUCCAGCUUCAGUAGGCCAUCCGUGGUGUCACCAUGGUCGUCGCCAGUGGCCUCGCACUUCCCGUAUUUCGCUGCGGCGGUAGCGGCAGCGGCUACUAGUCAGCAGCAGCUUUCACCGAAGAGUACCAGCGGUGUGAUAGAUCAUCAUCAGCUUUGGAACGGCAAGAUAAAGCUGUCGAGUAAUUUGGAAAAGCCGUACCAACCUAGCGAGGCGACGAAUGCGCUGGAGAAGAUGAGCGAAUUGAGUAAACUAGGUGGCGAGGAUCUCUUCAGGUCGUCUUCUGCUAGCGGUUCUGCCGGAUCAAUUACCAGCGCGCCUGCGACGACUUCCAGUAGCCGUCACAGUGCCUGGCAGUCCCACUGGCUGAACAAGGGGGCCGAUCAAGCGAAGGAUGUUUUGAAAUGCGUGUGGUGCAAGCAGAGUUUCCCAUCUCUGGCCGCGAUGACGACGCACAUGAAGGAGGCGAAACACUGUGGCGUCAAUAUGCCGGUGCCACCUCCGGUACCGGGUAUGCACACACAGCAAACAACCAUGCCGACCAUACCGCCGCCUCAGCAGUCGCAUCAACCGCAGACCACUAACAACACUGGCAGCAACAAUUCGGGCACACCUAGCAACAAGCAGAAUCCAUCCGAUCUGAAUCUUUUGAUCAAGGAAACGAUGCCGUUACCGCGGAAACUCGUGCGGGGCCAGGAUGUCUGGUUAGGUAAAGGAGCUGAGCAGACUCGGCAAAUACUAAAAUGCAUGUGGUGCGGACAGAGCUUCCGUUCGCUCGCCGAGAUGACUUCCCACAUGCAGCAAACGCAGCACUACACGAACAUCAUCUCUCAGGAGCAGAUAAUAUCCUGGAAGUCAUCUGAUGACAGCAAGGGCGGCAACGCUACUGGCGCCAGCGGAGGCGGAAGUGUCGCCACUGGUGGAAGCAGCGCUGGAGUACAACCGGGUGGAGGAUCUGGACCACACGGAAACAACGGUCCUGGUGCUGGUGCCACGAGUAGUCACGUUUCUGCUGUGCUUACCUGCAAGGUCUGUGACCAGGCGUUUAGUUCUUUGAAAGAAUUGAGCAAUCACAUGGUAAAGAAUUCUCACUACAAAGAACACAUAAUGCGUUCGAUCACCGAGAGCGGAGGACGUCGGCGACAAACGCGCGAGAAACGGAAGAAAUCACUGCCCGUCAGGAAGUUACUAGAAAUGGAACGCGCGCAGAACGAAUUCAAGAAUGGUGAGACAACUGGUUUGACUCAUAGUCUUGGUAAGCACGCCGGCAGAAUCACGUGCGAAAAAUGCGGGGAGAAGAUUGAGACCCCGCUGUUUGUCGAGCACAUACGUCAAUGCAUCGGUGGUGGUACUGUAGGCGUCAAUCAACGAAAUUUCCUGAAGAAUGCGCUCAUGUCCAAUCAUCUGCCCGCGACGCUGCCGCCAACCGAGAGCGGACGUAAAAGCGUCAACGAGGAAACGUCUUCGAUAUCGUCCAGGCAUCAUCGAUCUCCAUCCUCGGCAAGCGACGCGACUACACCAGGAAAGGACACUCCCACACCGAAUAACGAGACCACCGCUCCGAUUGGCACCUCGCCGUCGGUACUCAACGCAAUAGAAAAACUCAUCGAGAAGAGUUUCGACUCCCGAGUGAGGCACGGCACACCUGGUUUGCAUCAUGCUCAGCCCGGUGCCCCCAUAGGUACGAGUAUCCUGAAGCGUUUGGGCAUCGACGAGAGCGUGGAUUACACAAAGCCUCUGGUAGAUCCGCAAACAAUGAAUUUAUACCGAACGUAUCAGCAGCAACAGCAACAGCAGCAGCAACACUUCAACGCGAACGCCGCGGCGAGGAGGGAGCGCAGCGGCAGUGAGUCCAGUUCAAUAUCAGAGCGAGGAAGUGGCAGGACGGAUACCAUGACACCGGAAAGGCGCAUGGAUCUGUCCACCACGAGCCACGAGAGACACUCGAGUUCGCGGUCUCAUCAUCAUCGCGUUACUCCCGAAAAGCAGACUGCCCCAUUACCUAGUCGCCAUCGUCAAACUGCGGAGGAGUCCGGGGACGAGGAGUCAUCCACCGUGGUGGUAAAGAAGGAGCCCAGAGAUGAGGAGCCAGAGGAACGAGCUGCGAACGAGGAGGAGCAACAACAGACGACGCCGCAGUCGACGAGGGAGGUGUUCGUGAAGAAGGAGGUAGUGGACGAUGUCAGAGACGAGGAGGAUCAGAGUUCCUACAAUCACCGACGAAGCAGCCUCCAUGAGACACCGGAGGACGGGCGAGAGGUCCUGUCACCUCGCAUCAAUCCACCUACGCCACGACCAAGCAACCAGGUCGAAUCAGUCGCGCGUAGCCCCUGCAGGAACAGCACCGGCAGCCCCACCAGCAGUGACCGAUCUGUCACACCGCGAGGCACGCCCGACACUAAAGCAUCCAGCAGUCUUGGAGCGCUUUCUUCCAUGUUUGACAGUUUAUCAGGAGGUGGUAGUGGUAGUGGCGGUAACGUCGACUCGCAGGGACGCAAGACGAGCAGCCAUCCACUCGCGGCCCUGCAGAAGCUCUGCGACAAGACGGAGACGCGCGGUCCUAGUGCUAGCAGCACCCAGAGAUCUGGUGGUAGUUCCGCAGCUACGAUUGGUUCGGGCAGGGAUAGCACAGUGGGAGCAACUGGUCCCGCUCCCGGACCAACGCCAGGUGCCAUCUUGGCCUUCAGCUGGGCCUGCAACGACGCCGUGGUCACUGCUGAUUCGAUAAUGAAGUGUGCAUUCUGCGAUACACCUUUCAUCUCGAAAGGCGCAUACAGGCAUCACUUGUCCAAAAUGCACUUCGUCAAGGAUGGCGCCAUCCCAGAUCCAUUGACUAUUGGCAGAUCGGCCGCAGCGGUGGCGGCAGCCGCCGCCGCGGCAGUCAGCCAAGGUACUUCCAGUGGCCCGAGCCGCAACUCUUCGUCGCCGCCGACUUCGCAGCGCAACAAGUCGCCGCCAAUGCCGCCGCAAGCGAACGGCAGCCCGUCGCAGUCAGCGGCUUCUCUCGAGGAGAGCCCGCACUCCAAAUUUCUCAAGUAUACGGAGCUGGCAAAGCAGUUGUCCAGCAAGUACGUAUAGUCCGAGCCCCGUAAGUAGCGGUGCCACUUGUACAUAAGUGUAUCUAUACUGUAACGACUGUAACUAGCGAUGUGGUUGAACAUUUUUGACCCCCUUUCCCCGCCGCGCCGAACGACGUCGUCGCGCAUUCGACGUCUUCGGGUUUAUGCUUAAAGAGGCUGUGUCGUGGCUACACCGGAACCGGAAAAGCAAUUUGUUACGAGAGUCCGUGCGCAAUCGUUCGUCCGAUUGUCACUUGCAGACUCGGAUGUAAAUUGUAUCUUGCAGGCGUGUUGGACGAAAAUCGCGAUCAGUCGUAUCGUGACGUUCGUAGUUUUGAUUGUCAAUUUUCUUGUGAUCGUACGAUAAUAUACAUAUUGCAGACCAGAGAUCGAAAUCGGUAUAAUGCAGCGAGAUUAGAUUCCGACGAUGAAGACGCACGCAGAAACGCUGUCCACAUUUGCUUCGCGUUCGGAGCCGCGACGUGAGAAAAUUCGUGCUUCUCCUUGGAUGCGCCCUCGAAAACCGAGCUUGCAAUUAUACCGAUCUCGAUAACUGUUACGCUAUUCAUUUUGGUAACUCUGUACUUACGUACUCGAUAAAGGAAAAACAAAAAAAAAUACGGGAUAUAAGUAUUAUCAUACAUUAACAGUCGCGACUCAUCGUUACAACAAGCGUUAAAAGCCUCGCCACUGCGCUCUUUCAGCCUAAAUGUGGAUAUCUCCGUCGAAAAGACUUCGCCAUUAUUGAUGAUUAUUAUUAAGAUGAUGAUUAUCAAGAGAUUUUCGUUCUCACGAAACUCACGAAAUAAGUGCAAAGUCAAAAACGUACGACGCGAUCACUCGUUUUUCUUUUUUCUUUUCUCAUUUCUUUUUUUUUGGCGUUUGUUUAAUCUAUCAUCGUCUCGUCUUAUCAUUCCUAGGUUGUCGACACGAUUAGCGUGCGUACGACCGCGUCGAAAAUUAAAAAUCUCUACAUCGAGAGGGUACGAUAGAGAGAGAGAGAGAGAGAGAGAGAGAGAGGUCCGAAAUUUCGUUUCACGCACACCUCCUCUCCCAUCAGUUGUUUUAUAUUACCGAGUCGCUCUCUUCUUCCGACAUUUACUUCAUUUUUAGUCAUUACAAGAAGAUUAUGCUCUAGAAUAGACCCGCGCGCGCGCGAGCGUAAUCGUUGGAACGUUUCCUGCCGUGCAGAUCGUGCGCAACACGGGAAACUCUUGCGACGGAGCACUCCUCGCUUCUUCUCGCGGUACUUUUCCUCGAUCGCAAUCGCUAUGGGAAUAAAGAGUCUCUGAAGCAGGACGCGCGCAACUUCGUGUACAAUCGACGUUUCGUAUCGUUAAGACUUUCCCGUAGCGCGUUUCGCCUUCCGUACCACACAAUUUUCCGUAUCACUUUCGUUUGAUCGAUAUAAGAAUCAGAUAAGAACGGAUUGUACCAGUGACCAUCGACUUUCUUUUUAUGCCCAAGGGACGUGAGAGGGUGCGACGAUAACGUGGGUGUUGAACGAGCGUUAAUUAAAUUGUGAUGACACCAUAUCUCGCGGCACUGCUGAGUCACGGGGCUCGGCACGCGGCCAAGUUUGUGAUUUUAUAAAUACUUAAGGACGUUUACGACGUGAGAUUGAGGAGGAUCGCACGGAACGAGGAUCGAUCGCAGAGAUCGCUUGGACUAGAGAUCACGGGGCGGAUCGUGAGGAUGGAAGGGAGGGAGAGUGGCAGAAGGAGAGAAUGCUUAUCCCUAUCACACCUGUCGUAAGAUCGUCAGCAUGUAUACUCUAGAUUGUAAGGGCGUAGAAUUUAUUAGCGUAUAGGAUAGGCUAGGGUUCGACCCUGUAUAGAAAUCUCUUUGUUGAUACCUAUUACUACGAGAACAAAAAUCUACCGGUGGAUUCGCUCGCGAAAGGACGAGCCACCGCCGGUGAGCGUUACGACUGCUGCUAAUCGAAGAUGUGAGUCGAUGAUAUGGAGAUACAUGAGCCAGCAUAAAAACGAAUGCAAAAGAAUCGAUGGGUGCGAUGAUGCGGUGCAAUAGCAAGACUUACAAUUAAUUGAAUAAGUAUGCGUAUGAACGUGUGAAUGAACAAAAGUGGAAGAGGAAGGAAGAAUGAGUGAGAGAGAGAGAGAACAAGAGCGUGUGUGAGAGAGAAUGGUGCGUCGUCGAAGAACGUAGAUUUUCUCGACGUAAUAUACAUGUAGACCAUUGUAAAUUUUCUUUGUUCAGAAUAAUAUUUAUUGCGCCGACCGCGAGCCAACGCGUCAUUUUAAUUGUAAAAUAUUGUCAUUAUUAUCACUCGAAUUAUCGCGAAUAUCGUGUAUAUUGAUUAUAAUUACAAUUAUUGUGUGCGAUGAUGUGUGACGGAAAGUGUAGUGAUAAAUGCUAAGUACAGGGCGCGAUUGAAUCGGACGAGUACGAAUGUCGUGUCGCUGAAUAUAAGAAGGGGAUGCAUGGAAGCGCGUUAAGAGAGAAAGAGAGAGAGAGAGAGUAUGAGCGAGACGAGGAGGCAGAGAGCGAUUGUGUGUGAAAGAUUGAGAGACUAGAAACAAAUGGAAAAGAUAGAGCAGCUAAGUGUGGCCCUCAACAACGAGACGGUCGGAAAGGAACGGAACGGAACGGAACAUACUUGUAUACGUAUUUCUUGUAAACUCUAAUUCUUCCAUCGCGGACUUUAAAAGUAUUUAUCGACAUAAUAAUAAUAUUAAUAUUAUUAUUGUAAUUAUAUACGACUGCUGAGAGUGUGAUGAACGUAACACGAGACGAUUACGUGGCUGCGACCAACACGAGACACAUACACGUACACUUACACACAAGUAUACGCGUGCACGUAUGCAUACAAGAAACAUGCACACGCUCGUCGCAGUAACACUCGAGGAAAGGAACAGCCAGCCGUGCGGAUGAUACGCUCGACAAACGUACCUACCCACUUACAAACACGCAACCACAAAGAUAAGCAUCAUGUAUACGCGACUCUUGAAACCAUUUUACCAGAUUUGUCAUUAUUUAAUUAUUUCGGUUGUAUUUUAAAAUGCAAUUAAAGCUCAAAAUAAAUAUAUAUGUUAUAAAC